AUUAGUCAAGUAGAAUCUGUCGCUGAGUAUGGUCGGACGUCGAACCUGCUCUUCCCGGUGUAAAGUGGAGUCUCACGGCGGCGCAUAGAAAAAGAGGCGAGGAGGAGAGAGAGUGAGCUAGAGAGGAGAAUCACAGUCGCUGCGUAUUCCGUUCGGUGUUUUUUUUUAUUAUUAUUUUCUGGUGUGCAUCUCUAUCCCGUACGGUCACGGGGAGCACCAGGGAUCGAGGAAGAGCAAGUGCUGAUAUACACAGACGGUCGUCGGUUCGGUCAGACAGACCUAUGGACCUUGAGGGAAGGCGAGGGAAAGCGAACGCAGGGAACGCAGGGUUGUUCGACUGUUUCCUUUUUAUUUGGCUUUCGUCGGUUCUGAACGGCGUAGGUCGUCGUCAUCCGGGAAGGCGCAGUGCUCCACAAUUAUUCGGACAGGAGAGUGUGUGAAACUUUCUUCGUGAUCGCGGCGCGCGUUCGUGAAUCGUGUGGUUCGGGUUGUGGUGUGAUCAUCGUCGUUGUCGUCGUGAUCGUCACGCGCGCAAGAACCCUGAAGCUCAAGAGCGGAGUGUAGAACCGUGCCGAUAGAAUUUCUGUGCGAUCACUUUUCGACGGAGGUCAGUGGAUGUUGAAGUGUAGAUCGCGUUGCGCGCACCUAGCGAGAGAAGGGCAUUCACGCGAACGUGGAGAAAAGGAGAGAAGACGAGCGGGGCGGCAGUGAUUGAAAACAGAGAAAACAUUAGAGCGAAGAAGGAAGUGGAGGAAUAGAGGAUAAGUGUAUGCAACAGGCGAAUCAACAAAGAGGAAAAGAGUUGUUGUAUUGUGCAGUCUGCGCAAAAAGAAGUGUGUGGAGAAAUAGCAGGAAAUUCGCCAUAAUUGAGAGUUAAGUCGAAUCAAGUGGAAGGGCGAAGAAGAGAAGAAGGAAUUUUUGCUCAAUUAAUGAUUUUUUUCAGUGCUGCGUAACAUAAUGCAAUGGUAUGGUACAGUGGAUGCAGCUCUUGUUUCUCCGUAGUGAUCGCAGUGAUUGAGUAGUGAACCAGGAAGAGUCGAAGAAGAAAUUGCGUAUUUUGAAAGCGACCUAAGCCAAAUUUGGAAAAUAUAAAUAAUCGAUUGCGAGUGGUGCCGCGGCAGUGAAGCACGGUCUAGGGAAAAUCAAGUGCUUUUCUACAGCUUGGAUAUAAAUCCCAGAAGUUUUUGAUACACAUUUACGACGUCGACGUUGGCUACGCCUGCUAUAGGAGCGGGGUAUAAAUUUAAAAAUUAAAUACUGCAAGCUAAGCUGGUUGGUGUGUAACGCGAAGGAGAGACCCCAUUACCACGACGACAAUAAAGAACAACAAGAAGACUGGUUUAUACACACAAACGCAGACGACGAGACACACGGGUUAUUCGCCAGCGCCACGGUUGACGAAAGUCGAGAGAACGAGAAAUAAAGGAAGCAAUAUUAAGAAAAGCUAAUUUUAUCGCUUAAGUAAAGUUGAAAAGACGGAGCAGACAUACGCGCAGCAGCGCGAGAAUAUCAAGAGACGUAGCAGCGUGUGGAGCAAAAGCAACAGCAACAACAACAACAACCAUCGGUGGAGCAACAAGUACAGCAAGAAACGGAGGAGACGUGCGCGCACCGAUCGCCGCAAACACACAUUCUCUCGCGUGUGCUGCUGCGCUAAGCGUUCUCUCGCUGGUGUCUCACCAUAUACACUGUGUCCCCACAGGCAAGAGCAAAAUAACUGCACACGACGGCGGGCCUACACUACAACACUCCACGGCACAAGAUGGCGUUCAACGGUAGCCCCGGCAACAACAGCAGCGCCACCAGCAACACCUCGGAGGAUAACGAUGGCGCCCGGAAAAAGGAAAACCUCAUCCUUCUGGUGGCCAAAGACUCCAACGAUAAGCUGAACGAGCUGUUCGACAAAACGCUUAGCAACAGACUCCCACUACAGAUCCCGCUCCGUAUGCGAAAAUUGCCCGACUCGUUCUUCAAACCCCCGUCCUCUGGGUCCAAAUCCCCCUCAGUCUCACACUCGCGGGAAAAUUCCGCCGACUCGGCGUUCGGUUCCGGAACGACCAUACUGGGUGGGGUCACCACCGGCCCGAAUGGCCUCCCCAUCCAUCACAGCCGGGCGCACAGCAGUCCUGCGUCCCUGGGCAAAAUCCCCGCCGGUUUGGUCGCUAGUAUAAACGCUGCCAAUGCGGCGCAACAAGCGGCCAACAACAGUAGCAAUGUAAAUAGCAAUAAGACACAGCAGCCGGGCAGCGUGAACGGGGGUGGUGCCAGUAGUGGAGGCGAUGGGUCUUCGGCUGCCGCAGCCGUCCAGCAGCAACAGCAAGCACAGCAACAGGCGGCGCAGCAGCAAAGCCUCACCAGACAAGCCAUUCUGCACAGCCGGGGACGCUCGUACGACGUGUCCAACCAGCACGCCGUCUACGGCGACCUGCCACCCGGCUGGGAGCAAGCCAAGACACAGGACGGCAGGAUCUACUAUCUGAAUCACAACACACGGACCACCACGUGGGAGGACCCCCGGAUCACCGCGGCCAUGCAACAGGAGAGCCUAUUCCAGCAGCAGCAGCAGUCCAGCGUCGAGACGCUGUUCAACACGGGAUCCCAAACGUUGCUCAGUCCCACCAUCUCGUCACCAACGCCAACCAACAAUGUGGUAUUUUCAGAUUCGAUCGAAAUGUCGAACGAUCUGCCGGCGCCGGCGCCGGCGGCCCCGUCCAACGUCUCGAUGCUAAACAGCAGCCAGAACAGCAACAACAACAACAACAACCAGAACGUCAACCCCAACAGCAACAACAAUGUUGGUCCACUGCCGGAAGGUUGGGAGGAAGGCAUUACGGCCAAAGGCGAACGGUACUACAUCAACCACGCGACGCGGACAACGACCUGGAGGGAUCCCCGAUUGUCCAACCAGGACUGGGCAGCACAAGAGCAAUCGGUCAGACUGUACAACCUGCAACUGGAGCGGGAACGCCUCCGGAGGCGGCAACAGGAAAUCCGGUCACAUAUAGGGGAAGAUCCGUUCCUGUCCGGGCUGACGGACCACUCGCGCCAGGAGUCCGGUGACAGCGGGCUGAGCGAAUCGUCCACAUCGCAGUCGAUGCCACACACGCCCGACUUCCUGUCCAGCAUAGACGACAGCAUGGAUGGGCUGAGCAUGGCAGACAACACAAUGGACACAAUUGCAUUUGGAGAUAAUUUAGAAACGCCCGAUGAGUUUAUG